AUGGAGGUUCAAGCUUUGCGGCUUUCUUCCUUCUCAGGGCUUAAAUGUUUCCGCAAGUACUCAAGAUGGCGCGGGAGUACAACUAGAGCUGGCGUUUGUUGUGUUUCUUGUUCAAUCGAUUUGGAGAAGCAACCUGAACCGAUUCCAAUUCAGAAUUUGACCGAUGCGCGAGUUAUUUACAGCGUGGCUCCUGCCAUGGGCCAUAACCAGGAGGCACAUCCAGAAUCCCAUUUUAGAGUUCCUGCAAUCGUGACUGCUCUUGAAAAGAUGGAACUUACUCCAAAGUUUCGUGGUUCAGAGAUCAUUGAGCUUACAAACUUCAAACCUGCUUCAGUAGAUGACAUUGCAAAUGUUCACAGUAAGGCAUAUGUCACAGGCCUCGAAAAGGCUAUGGAUGAAGCUUCACAGCAAGGCAUAAUUUUGAUUGAGAAUACUGGUCCAACCUAUGCUACUCAGAUGACCUUCCAGGACUCACUCAUGGCAGCUGGAUCUGGACUAGCAUUGGUUGAUUCAGUGGUUGAAGCAUCAAAGCACAGUCAGAAUCCGCCAACAGGGUUUGCGUUGAUAAGACCUCCAGGGCAUCAUGCAGUCCAAAAGGGACCCAUGGGCUUUUGCGUCUUCGGUAAUGUGGCGAUUGCAGCUCGCCACGCACAGCGGCAACAUGGAUUGAAGAGGGUAUUUAUCAUUGAUUUUGAUGUCCACCAUGGGAAUGGCACACAUGACAUGUUCUAUGAUGAUCCCGAUGUAUUCUUCUUGUCUACUCACCAGAAUGGAAGCUACCCCGGUACUGGUAAAUUUGAAGAGGUAGGGGUUGGUGGGGGUGAAGGAACAACUCUGAAUCUGCCUCUACCUGGGGGAUCAGGCGACAUUGCAAUGAGGACUGCGUUCGAUGAAGUCAUUGUACCAUGUGCCCAAAGGUUCAAGCCAGAUAUAAUCCUUGUCUCUGCAGGUUACGACGGGCAUGUACUGGACCCACUUGCGAGCCUACAAUACACAACAGCGACCUACUACUCUCUAGCUGCGAACAUCAAGCAGCUGGCCAAGGAUCUGUGCGGUGGACGGUGCGUGUUCUUCUUGGAAGGUGGUUACAACCUCGAGUCCCUCUCGCAUUCGGUGGCGGACACGUUCCGGGCGCUGUUGGGGGACAAGAGCAAGGCGUCGGAGUUUGACAACCCUGCCUUUCUGUACGAGGAGCCAUCGACGAGGGUGCAGCAAGCAAUUCAGAGAGCAAAACACCUGCAUUCCCUCUGA